AUGAGUUUUUACAUUACAAAUAGGCAGCCGGGGCAUUGUUGGUUUCUGAUGGCCUCAAUGAAUGCUAAAGUCUUGAUCCCCCUCCACUGUUCCCAGUUCAGCUCUUGUCAAUUACUCAAAGGAAAACACACUGGAUUCUUGGCUCUGUGGGUAGGAAGGGGCUUAAUUACUAUCCUAUCAGUUCAAACAGCAGUGGAACAGGAUGAGCCUUGUAAUUCCCAGCAGAGACCACUGAAAAUGUUGGAUCAACAAAGUCCCUGCUUCCAUUCCUCCUGCCCCUCCCAACACCAAAUCGCUUGUGGGAAAUUCUACAAGGCCUCUUUUAUUGCACCUGGUGUGAAUAGCUCUUAA